AUGGAUUCCUUGGACCAUAUGCUGACGGAUCCCUUGGAACUGGGCCCAUGUGGGGAUGGCCACGGCUCACGGAUCAUGGAGGACUGCCUCCUGGGGGGCACCAGGGUUAGUCUGCCUGAGGACCUUCUGGAGGACCCCGAGAUCUUCUUCGAUGUAGUCAGCCUCUCAACGUGGCAGGAAGUGCUGAGCGACUCUCAGCGUGAACAUCUCCAGCAGUUUCUGCCCCACUUUCCUGAAGACAGCAUGGAGCAGCAGAAUCAGCUCAUCCUCGCCCUGUUCAGUGGGGAGAACUUCCGCUUUGGGAACCCUCUGCACAUCGCCCAGAAGCUUUUCCGAGACGGACACUUCAACCCCGAGGUGGUCAAGUACCGGCAGCUGUGCUUCCGGUCGCAGUACAAGCGCUACCUCAGCUCCCAGCAGCAGUACUUUCACCGGCUGCUGAAGCAGAUCCUGGCCUCGCGAAGCGACCUGCUGGAGAUGGCCCGGCGGAGCGGCCCUGCCUUCCCGUGCCGGCAGAAGCGGCCCUGGCCGUCGCGCACGCCCGAGGAGCGGGAGUGGCGCACCCAGCAGCGCUACCUGAAGGUCCUGCGGGAGGUGAAGGAGGAGUGUGGGGACACGGCGCUGUCCUCCGACGAGGAGGAUCUCAGCUCGUGGCUUCCAAGCUCCCCAGCACGCUCCCCGAGCCCUGCUGUUCCCCUCAGGGUGGUGCCCACACUCUCCACCACGGACAUGAAAACCGCAGAUAAAAUAGAGCUGGGGGACAGUGACCUGAAGAUCAUGUUAAAGAAGCACCACGAGAAGCGGAAAUACCAACCAGAUCAUCCGGACUUGUUGACAGGGGACUUGACUCUGAAUGACAUCAUGACUCGAGUGAACGCUGGCAGGAAGGGCUCGCUAGCAGCCCUGUAUGACUUGGCUGUCCUUAAAAAAAAGGUUAAAGAAAAAGAGGAAAGGAAGAAGAAGAAAAUAAAAUUGAUCAAGUCGGAGGUGGAGGACCUGGCCGAAUCCCUGAGCGGUCCUGAAGGGCUCCCACCGCUCUCGCAGGCUCCAUCCCCUCUGGCCAUAGCUGCCAUCAAGGAAGAGCCUCUCGAAGACCUCAAGCCUUGCCUUGGAAUCAAUGAAAUAUCUUCCAGCUUCUUCUCUCUUCUGCUGGAGAUCCUGCUGCUGGAGGGACAGGCUAGCCUUCCUUUGCUGGAAGAGCGGGUUUUGGAUUGGCAGUCCUCUCCAGCCAGCUCCCUCAAUAGCUGGUUCUCCGUGGCCCCCAACUGGGCAGAGUUGGUAUUACCAGCCCUGCAGUAUCUUGCUGGAGAAAGCCGUGCUGUGCCAUCCAGCUUCUCUCCGUUUGUUGAAUUCAAGGAGAAAACCCAGCAGUGGAAACUGCUUGGCCAGUCCCAAGACAAUGAAAAGGAGUUAGCUGCACUCUUCCAGCUGUGGCUGGAAACCAAAGACCAGGCCUUCUGUAAGCAAGAAACUGAAGACAGCUCAGAUGCCACAACGCCUGUUCCUCGGGUAAGGACUGACUACGUGGUGCGGCCCAGCACGGGGGAGGAGAAGCGAGUUUUUCAGGAGCAGGAGCGCUACCGGUACAGCCAGCCCCACAAAGCCUUCACCUUCCGCAUGCACGGCUUCGAGUCCGUGGUGGGGCCCGUGAAGGGUGUGUUCGACAAGGAGACCUCGCUCAACAAGGCACGGGAGCACUCCCUGCUGCGCUCUGACCGGCCCGCCUACGUCACCAUCCUGUCCCUGGUUCGUGACGCGGCAGCGCGGCUGCCCAACGGGGAGGGCACGCGGGCGGAGAUCUGUGAGCUGCUCAAGGACUCCCAGUUCCUGGCACCCGAUGUCACCAGCACGCAGGUGAACACAGUGGUGAGCGGCGCCCUGGACCGGCUGCAUUAUGAGAAGGACCCGUGCGUGAAGUAUGACAUCGGGCGGAAGCUGUGGAUCUACUUGCAUCGGGACCGCAGUGAGGAGGAGUUCGAGCGGAUCCACCAAGCCCAAGCAGCUGCGGCCAGAGCCAGGAAGGCCCUCCAGCAGAAGCCCAAGCCUCCGUCCAGGGUGAAGUCCGGCAGCAAGGAGGGUGCGGCGAAGGCCCUGGGCGGUGGCCCGUCCGAGCCGAGCCAGCUGAGCCUCAGCGACUCCAGCAUGCCCCCGACCCCGGCCACGCCCGCGACGCCCACCACGCCUGCCCUGCCUGCCACGCCGAUCUCCCCGCCGCCGGUGCCGCCGGUGAGCAAGAGCGGCCCCACGACGGCCUCGGAGCCGGCCAAGUCUGCGUCAGGUGUUCUGCUCGUGUCCUCACCAACCAUGCCGCAGCUGGGAACCAUGCUGUCCCCAGCAUCCAGCCAGACCCCGCCAAGUUCUCAGGCUGCUGCCCGUGUCGUGAGCCACUCGGGCUCGGCUGGGCUCCCCCAGGUGCGAGUGGUGGCCCCACCUAGCCUUCCCUCCGUGACGCAGCCAGCAGCGCCGGCCCCGGCGCUUCCACCAGUGCCCACGGGAACGCAGAUCCGCAUGCCGGCCACUGGCGCACAGGCCAAAGGCGGGCCCCAGACAGUCCUGGCCACUGUUCCGGUCAAAGCACAGACAGCGACGGCCACCUUGCAGCGGCCGGGACCUGGGUCAGCGGGGCUCACGGUGACAAGUCUCCCUGCAGCGGCCAACCCUGCGAGCAAGCCUGCCACCAGCUCUCCUGGGGGCUCCACUCCCAGCACCCCCACGGCGGCCGUUCUUCAGAACGUCGCAGGACAGAACAUUAUCAAGCAGGUGGCAAUCACUGGGCAGCUUGGCGUGAAGCCCCAGACGGGCAGCAGCGUCCCCCUCACAGCCACCAACUUCCGGAUCCAGGGCAAGGAUGUGCUGCGUCUUCCGCCCUCCUCCAUCACCACGGACGCCAAGGGCCAGACGGUGCUGCGCAUCACCCCAGACAUGAUGGCCACUCUGGCCAAGUCCCAGGUCACCACAGUCAAACUGACCCAGGACCUCUUUGGGACGGGCGCCGGUGCCACGGGUAAAGGCAUCUCGGCGACCCUCCAUGUCACAUCCAACCCUGUUCAUGCCACUGACAGCCCUGCCAAGGCAGGUGUGGCUGCUGCCCCGUCGUCCACUCCGACAGGGACCACUGUGGUCAAAGUGACUCCUGAUCUCAAGCCGGCGGAAGCCUCGAGUUCAGCUUUUCGCUUGAUGCCAGCGCUCGGCGUGAGCGUGGCCGACCAGAAGGGGAAAAACACAGUGGCUUCAUCGGAAGCAAAACCAGCUGCCACCAUUCGUAUUGUGCAGGGCCUGGGGGUGAUGCCCCCCAAAGCAGGCCAGACCAUCACAGUCGCAGCCCACACCAAGCAAGGGCCCUCAGUGGCCGGUGGGUCUGGAACUGUUCAUACGUCGGCCGUGUCCUUGCCCAGUGUGAACGCUGCCGUGUCCAAGACUGUGGCUGUGGCUUCUGGGGCGGCCAGUGCCCCCAUCAGCAUCGGGACCGGAGCCCCUGCUGUGCGGCAGGUCCCAGUCAGCACCGCGGUCGUCUCCACAUCACAGGCCGGGAAGCUGCCUACACGGAUCACAGUUCCGCUGUCUGUCAUCAGCCAGCCCAUGAAGGGCAAGAGUGUGGUCACAGCCCCCAUCAUCAAAGGCAACCUGGGGGCCAACCUCGGUGGGUUGGGCCGCAACAUCAUCCUCACUACCAUGCCGGCGGGCGCGAAGCUCAUCGCGGGCAACAAGCCGGUCAGCUUCCUCACGGCCCAGCAGCUGCAGCAGCUCCAGCAGCAGGGUCAGGCCACGCAGGUGCGCAUCCAGACAGUCCCCGCGUCCCACCUCCAGCAGGGAACAGCCUCCGGUUCCUCCAAGGCCGUCUCCACUGUCGUCGUGACCACGGCCCCGUCUCCUAAGCAGGCGCCCGAGCAGCAGUGA